AUGCUAGCGGCCUCGUCCCCCGUGUCUAUCCUGAAAAAAUCCACCUCUAAACAGACCCCUUCCUCCGCGUUGAAGCACAGAAUGGACGAUAUGAACCUUUCCCUCUCGCCCUCGUCCUCCAUCGGCUCGGACGGCGAGCUCACCCCCAGUCCCCGCAAGCGCACACGCGUCCAGUUCGACGCGCAGGUGGCCAUGCAAGAGUUGGAUUACCACCAGCAGAGGGCGCCCGAGGGGUCCCCUGAGAAGAGCGCCGCGGUCGUCCGGGAGGAAGUUCGUCGCGCCAUCCAGCGACACGUCUCCGGCACCGACAGCGGCGGCUACGAUCUCAUCAAGGAGAUUUUCGCGGUGGAUCCCCGCCGGCGGGAGGAGCGCCAUGCCUGGGACAGCUAUGAUGUACCUACCCACACCACCCUAAAGAACCAUCUCCUGGGCCUGUUGUCCAACGUCGCCGCCCUGGACCGCAGCUGCAACGGUCUCGUCCAGGCUGUCCUGCACAGCGAGUGGCUGGGCCGCGACGAGUCGUACGUCAAGCUCUUCAUCCGUUUCCUCGGUAAUCUGGCCGCCGCUCAGAGCAGCCAUCUGAGCUCCGUGCUCAAAAUGCUCGUCCAGCACCUGGGCGCGCUGCCCCGGGGCACCGGCAAGGUGCCGGGCUACCCCAUCGUGCAGAUUCCCGAAGUGUACACCCGCGUCCACACGGCCCUGCGCCAUGUGAUGCAGUUAAUCCCUUCCAGUAGUGGGGCCCUCUCGCCCAUCCUCUCCCUAAACUUCCCCUUUGAUACCGACUCGGCCAAGGCCAACAUCGCGUACACGCGGAACCUCCUGCAGGUCGUGGCCUACGCCCCCGAGCUGCAGGCUGACAUCCUGGCCCUCAUCACCGAGAAGCUCGUCAAGAUCGACGUGCAGAUCCAGGUCGAUCUGGAAGACAUCGAGGACGAAACCGGUGAAGAUGUCCUGCAGGAUGUCUCCCCCGAGGCUACGAUGCUGGCCGAAGACGAGGACGACGAGGAUGAUGCGUCCGUCCUCAGCGACGACUCGGUGGAUGAAGAAGCCGAGCGCAUCAAGACCGUCAAGGACAAUAUCCUCAAACUCGACGGCAUGCUCGACUCUCUCUUCGAGUACUACUCCCCGCCCUUCACGAGCGGCUCCCCCAGCGACAAGGAAAACGCCCUCGACCUCCUUCUCAGCCACUUCCAGACCAUCAUCCUCCCGACCUACCGCUCGCGGCACUCGCAGUUCCUCCUCUUCCACUUCUCCCAGUCGGACCCGGUCCUGGUCGACCAGUUCGCCACCGCCUGCGUCGAGCUCAUGUUCAAAAAGAACCAGCCCGCCAUCAUGCGGCAGUCGGCCGCCGCAUACCUGGCCAGCUUUGUCGCCCGCGGCGCCCACAUCUCCUCGGAAGUCGUGCGCGACGUCUUCGACCUGCUGGGCACGCACCUCAACAACCUCCGCAUGGACUACGAGCCGACCUGCGCCGGCCCAGACCUCCGCCGCUACGGCCCCUUCUACUCCACCGCCCAGGCCCUCCUCUACAUCUUCUGCUUCCGCUGGCGCGACCUGACCACCGCCGCCGCCGACGGCGACUCCCCGGAGCAGGUCGACGAGCUUGAACCCGAGGACAUCGCCUUCCCGCCGCAGGUCAAGGAGGUCCUCCAGCAGGCCGUGCACUCCAAGCUCAACCCGCUCAAGGUGUGCGCCCCGGCCAUCGUCUCCGAGUUCGCCCGCAUGUCCCAGCACCUCAACUUCAUGUACGUCUUCUCCAUCCUCGAGACCAACAAGCGGCUCCGCGUGUCCGGCUACCGCAGCCUGGCCGCACUCGCCGACCCCCGCUUCAGCCACGUCGAGCGCGAGACCCGCGCCGGCGACGACCUCGCCUACCAGCUCGACGCGUACUUCCCCUUCGACCCGUACCAGCUCCCACGCAGCCGCCGCUGGAUCGAGGGUGACUAUGUGCAUUGGCGGGGUAUUCCCGGACUGCACGAUGUGGAUGAGUCGGAUAGCGAGGCCGAGGACGACGAGGAUGACGAUGGCCUGAGCGAGGGCACCGAGACGGAUGAAGAGUGA